AUGUGGCAUGUGCCGGGCGACUUGCACAGAGUCUCGUUGCGCUUUAUGCAGCAGUUUAUGCGUUGCAUAUUACUGUUGCCGCCACGCCGACUGGUUGCCCUGAAAGUGACUUACACCACGUGCAUGUGCAUCUAUCUGGCGGGUAUGCUGCGCUGGAAGCUAAACUUCAGUUACACCGUCACCUACGAUGUGGUCAAUAACAGCGUCUCGCGGCGCAUAGACUUGUUCAACUUUGGCGUCUUGAUACUAUCGCAUGGCAUUAUCAGCAUGGAGCUGCUUUGGAGCAAGUACAACGAUCAGUUUGAGCAGCAGCUGCAACGAUUUUCGCAUCAGCUGCGCGUUCACUUGGCUCACAAGUUGAAUCUGGGGCGCGUGAAAAGGCAUUGCUGGCUCAUCUAUUGCUUCAUGUUAACACGCAAUGGGCUGAUAAUUGCUAUGACACUGUACAAUUGUAUAGCCUCGACUAUAACGCUGGUGAUUCUGGCCAAUUGCUAUUCGGAGGUUGUAAUUAUCACACGCUGCAGCGAGCUGACACUGCAUAUUGUAUUGAUCCUGUGCUGCUACAAGGAUCUGCAGCAGGUGGCACAGCAGACAAUGCGGUCCUUGGAGCGUUUGGAUAUCGAUCUGGCUGCAUCGCUGGAGCGUCUGAAUGCCUUGCAGGCACUGCACGUGCAAUUGUGGAAGAUUCAACGCGAUGUGGAAAACAAAUUCAGGCGCAGUCUGACUGCCAUUAUAUUCAAAUACUUUGUGGAUGCUUUCGUACUGCCCUACUGGAUAUUUGUAAUAGUCGACCGCAAUUACAAUGCGCCCUAUGUGCUGCAUUGCGCUUCCGAAGAGUUUGGCAGACUGCUGGAAAUCAGCAUCCUCUGCUGGUGUUGUGCCCAAUGCCAGCAGCUGCAGCGCUGCUUUAGCUCGCAGUUUUAUCGGCUGUCAAGGAAUCGUAAGCUGGAGCAGUUGAAUGCUGCGCUGCUGCGUAUCUCAGUGCAGCUGGCGCAGGAAAACUUUCAGCUCAACGUUGAUGGGCUUAUAAAAGUCAACAAUGAGUUUUUGGGCAAGUUUGUCUUUGCCGUCAUGAGCUAUUUGUUUAUUUGCAUACAAUUUCGCAUGAACAUGAGCAGCACUGAAGUGCAGUAA